CAGCACUGUAUUUACACACCGCUUAGAUUAUCCGUCACAAAAAACACAGCUGUGUUUAUAUGGGCCCAAUUUGACGUUUGAUCGGGAUCGUUUUGAUUAAUCACCAUUCAGGUACUUACCAGAAAGUGCUAGAAAAUACUAUACUCUGAUAUCUGGCUUUAAGUCCGAUGUAAGUGAAGACAUGAAGAAACACAGAGAGCUAUGGAGAGUGGAUUCUGUGUUUUGAGCGACAACGAAGACCUCCAAACGCUAAUAUCAAACACCGAGAACAAACUCCUCUUCGAAAGGUCGAAGACGCUAUUUGAAGAAAUCCGCGCCUCCAUAAACAACAAUGACGAAGAGGACCGCUCCUUCUGGAGGCCUGUGCUCCCGUGGGGUGGCGUCUUUACCAUCAAGGCAGGACGGAAGGCCAUAUCCUGCACCCCUCUGUACGUCAAAAUCAACCUUAAAAACACUUGCACCAUUGACGGCUUUCUCAUGAUCCUGUAUGUGAUUCUGCGGGACAACCAGGGCUUUCCCAGGGAGCUGGCAGUCUUCCUGGGCAAACAUUUUGUGGAGCAUUUCCUCCACCUGAUGGACUCCUGUGACUACACCACAGUGAAGAUUCUGUGGAUCUGGGACAGGAUGUCUAAAAGACAGUAUCGCUCUGAGAUCCACCAGGCGGCCCUGGAGAUUGACCUGUUCGGGAAUGAGCAUGAGAACUUCACAGAAAACCUGGAUAACCUCAUGUCCACUAUGCAGGAGAGUCUUUGCACUAACUGGUGCUGCCCAGCCCGCUUCCAGGAGUUCAUCAAGACCACAAUCAACAUCAGCCCACCAAAUGAGCUGCCUCACAGAGACCCCAUUCAAUCAGCCGUGGACGAGUUCUUCUGCCCCAAGCUCCUGCUCUGCUCAGAACUGGGGUGUGAUGGUCUACGGGAGUUCUCUCAGAGAGUUUUCUGCCAUGGACCCCCACCCUUUGUCAUUCUCAACAUGCAGCAGUGGAAGUCAGAGGAACUGUCCUAUGUUCCUUACCAUCUGGCUCUCUGCCAGCACAGGUACUUACUAGAGGGCGCCACACUCUUCAACAAAGAGGAGCAUCACUACUCUGCAGCCUUCCAGAUAGACGGCUGCUGGAUGCACUAUGACGGUCUGAGGAGUGACAAUCUGAUCCUGCUAUACAAGCCACCAGAGUUGCUGCUGCUGUCCUCUCUGGUCUACAUUCGCGCCUCUGACAAGUGACCUAGUCUUAUCACAAGCGGACACACCGGUGUGGAGUCACACCAAGCACAAGAGUGAAGGCACUGACCACCCAUCCUGUGAUUAUUCUGUCAUGACUCCAUGGAUGGUAUUACAGUGUUGUAAUAUUUUUUUACAUAGCACACCAUCACAUUUUUUUUAAUGAAUUCCUGUCAGCUGUUGCUUCCUCUGUUAGCGGUGUAGAAUGGCACAUACAUCCAUUUCACCUGAAUGCUUGCAGAGAGCUUACUGAGCAAAAUGGAAAUGACUUCUCUUUGGGCAUGCUUGGAAUCCAAGAAUAUAGUGGACUAUAAUAGUUCUGGGUUGAUAUGCAUACGUGACAGUAUCCGUGAACGAUGCACAUUGUAUGCAUAUACAGUUACCUGACAGACGAGGGAGAUUGAUAAGAUUUAAAAAUGUCACAGUUGUUAAAUGGAUUACACUGCAUUUGCUUUAAAGCAGCCUUGUACCGGAGAUGACACUGACUGUAUAUGACAUUACAAGUGUACAAUUUUGGCAGUCUAAUUUUACAUUUAUGCAUAUCAGCCCCUUCCUAAAAUGAAAUUGGUGCUUUUUCUAUGUAUUCCAUUUACCAAUAACCAAACAAGGCCAAAGUCCAUGUCAGCUUAAAGUCUUAAAGUUUUUUUUUGUUAAGAUGUUUAAAUUGGAGGCAAGCAUUUGUUACAGUGAGUCAAUGUUUAGAUACAAUGUUCUUAAACUGUAUAAAAGGGCAGUGUGAAAUCUCAUUUUAACUUUCACUACAAGCUUAAAUAUUACCCGUUUGUCUUGCAGGGCACAAAGCUGGCAGCAUGACCAUACUGAUGCAAGCAUUAUUACACUCUAGCUCAGCACGUGGCGGUUAACGAAACAAGAAUAUGUAGAUUUACAUGUUUUUAAAAAAAUAGUUUUUAACCUCAAAGAAUUACAGGUAUCACACAGUGCCUCUUCCAAGGAAAGUUUGGAAAAGUGAAUCCUAUGAAAUAUAAAUCCUUGAUCAAGAUUUGUCUGCAAAAUGCAAAUACAAAAUAUUUUGUACUACA